CAAGAAAGCGUCCGAAGUUAGGACGGUUUACCCUAAUUACAAACAGCACAACUUAUUUGGGUACCAGACUUAUCGCCCUAAAGCCAGUUUGCCCCCAGUCGGUUCGCCCCCAUGCAGUCAAUUUGCCCCCAAAUAGGAUGUCAGUUCGCCCCCACGUGCUUAACCAGUUCACCCCCACAAAGAUGGUUUGAGAGCAUUAAUUACACAAGAUGAUCUAGGAGCAGAAUUCAACUACAAUGGCAGCCAGUAGUAGUGGAAGGAGAAGGCAUGCUGCCAUGCAGCCAUUUGAGUUUGAUAUUUCCAUAGAUCCAGUUCUUGUUAGCGAAGGUGGUGAACAAGAGGUAGACGAUGAAGAUGCAGUGUUUCAGUGCUUGAAAGAUGUCACUUUACUUAGCAAAUGCUUUGAACGUUUUCAAAAUGCAAAGGUUGUUAAAAUGUCUCCUGAUCUUAAAAUAACUCUGUCAGUAUCCUCUUUGGAAGAGUUUGAAGAAAUAAAGGAAGUGAUUAACAAAGGAGAUUUGACAAAAACAAUUACAGAGUUUGCUAAUGGUCUCGGAUUGGAAAUGGAUCUUGGUAUAACUGCUAGAAGUAGUCAAAAAACUAAUGUAAGACUAGACAUGUCUUUAAUGGAUAAAAGGAGAACUGCAAAACAAGCAAAAAAGCAUUUUGAAACACCACUACAAUCCACACAAACAGAGGUACCUGGAGGACCAUCUGGAGCAAAAGAGAGAAGCAAGGAACUCAAGACUGAAAAUAUUACUAACCCUGUGCCGGGUUCAAAGAAAACAGAAGAAUCCAGAACAUCCACCUCAUCAGUUCAGAAGAAUCCAGAUAUAGGCACAAAGUCGAAUCCAGUGUUACAAACUGACAAAAGUGAAUCAAAUGGUGCAACUUGCACAGAUGUGGUGCCGGGUUCAAAGAAAACAGAAGAAUCCAGAACAUCCACCUCAUCAGUUCAGAAGAAUCCAGAUAUAGGCACAAAGUCAAAUCCAGUAUCACAAACUGACAAAAGUGAAUCAAAUGGUGCAACUCACACUGAUGUGCCUGCUCCGACAUGUCAAAUUCAGAUGAUUAUGCACAAUCCCAUUGAAAAGAAUUUAAUUAAGGAAUUUUGGAUAGAAUUACAAUCAAAACAAGCAGAUUUUAAGGCAGAGACACCAUUUUAUCCUUUGUGUGAAGGACUUUGGAUUACAAGUAUGAUUUCUAUUCCUAUUCAUUGUGAUAGCUUACAGUACAAAUGUGAAUUCACACAAACCAAAGGAUAUUUUGGCUAUAGCUGGCUUGAAAAAAUACAUGAUAAAUCUUGGAAAACAGUAGAAAGAAUUACACCAAUGAUUCGUGAAUUUUCCAUGAUUAAAGGCAAAGUUAACGACAUUGAAAUGGGAUUUGCACAACAUGUUAAUCAUAUGCUUGCAAUAGUUAAUUCAACCAACUUGAAAGAUGCAAUAAUGGAUGUGGAUAGCCUUGUUUACCGUGCACGUCAAUACAUGAAAUACAAGCCUAUGAAUAAAAAGACAGUUAUUCAAAACAUCCAUCAACAUUUAAACCAGUCCACACCGUGUUGGGAGGUAUUCAUUUUGUUUGGCUAUGUAUGUGGUUUAUUAAUCCAUGUUGAUGGUUAUGACUGCAAGACCAAAGAAGAUAUCAAAGCUUCAAUUCCACAGCAAACAUCUCAGGAAAUAUUGAAAAGUUUAAAAAUGUGUUCACCUGAUCAUGUUCCUUCAGGCUCACUGCAUAAACUUCAGAACAUUGUAAUAGAAUUGUGUCAUAUUGCAUUUCCUAACCGACCAAACCACAUUCUGGAUAUGUUCGAGUUUUGUUAUCCUGCCAUGUCAUCUACUUUCUUGUUGAAUUGCUUUAACUUUUGUGGUCCUUUGCCAUUCCCAUGCAGCCUAGAAACAUGUAAGCAGAUUUGUAGAAAUAUUCUUGCACAGGAAAAAGCUGGAGACAAAUGUGCACCAGAACUAUUGCAGAAACUCCUGCGUCAUUCACAAUUGGACACUACUAUUGGUAUUGUAAAUAGUUUGGUUCUAUCCAAGUCACAUCAUCAACAGAAAUUACUGGAACUGCUGAAAACUAGAAUUAUAGUUGAUUCUAAGCAGUAUUACAGGGACAACAAUUUUGAAGCAUUGCUCAUGCUUGUGAAUGAUUUGGAAUUGAGGCAUGAAGCCAUUGUAUCUGUGGUGUCAGACACUGUUACAGGAACUGUAAUCAGUAUGAUAAAAGGAUUAAACAAAUCUGACUCUGUUGCUAUAGAAUUUAUGAAAAAGUGUGUUGAGUCUCCUGUGCUUUUCAAAUCACAAGAUUCCUGCAAAUCUCUAUAUGAGGUUAUGGCUACAUCACAAAAUGAACAAAUACACUCUUACUUUCUGGAAAGGCUUUGUUCUGAUCAGGUAAUUAAAACAUCUGAUGAACUGACACACAACUUGACUUUGAAAUGGUUUGUUACUGCAGUGAGGCAUCACUGUUGUGAAAAGAAAUAUAACUUGAAAAAAUUUGAAGAACUGCCAUUUGUUUACAGGCAUCUUAGCCAAUUGCUAAAAAUUGAAUCCAUUUCAGAGAGAGAAAAGUUGGUAUUUGAUUUAAAAGAAAAAACAUUUGACUUUGUUUGUUCUAUUCCUCUAAAAGAUUUUGUACAAGGCCUUUGUGAAAAGGAGACGCUCGAAAACUUGCCAGAAAUCUUCAGUGAACAUCUGUUUCGAAUGUUAUCUGAGCACUCUGACAAAAAGGAUAACAUUCUCACUGCCAUAGGGAAAUCUUCAAGUGAUCAUUUUGAAGCUACUAGCAGGUAUGAUUGAAUGUCACU